CUUGGUGCAGUUGCUCUGAAGAAUCCUGGUGCCAAGGAAGCCCAGAGGGACGGAGCCUGUGGCGCUGGACCAGCUCUGGGCUCAGCAGCAGUUCCAGAGGGUGAGCUGCUCCUACAGGCCCUCAAUGGCUUUGUGCUGGUGGUGACAUCAGAAGGGCUGAUAUUUUACUCCUCGCAUACGAUCCAGGACUAUCUGGGAUUUCACCAGACAGAUGUCAUGCACCAGAGCGUCUUCGAGCUGAUCCACACCGAGGACCAGCCGGAGUUCAGGCGCAACCUCCGCUGGGCCCUGGACGCUGGUGAGCCCUCUGCAGCAGCAGGGAAGAGUCUUAGCUCUUCUGCUGGCAUCUGCAAGCCGGAUCAGCUGCCCCCGGAAAACUCCUCCUUCCUGGAGAGGAGCUUUGUGUGCCGCUUUCGCUGCCUCCUGGAUAAUUCCUCCGGAUUCCUGUGAUGCAGACGGGCGAGAGCGGGCUGACGGUGUUCCGGCUGCUGACCAAGGACAAGCGCUGGAAGUGGGUGCAGGCCAACGCCCGGCUCGUCUACAGGAACGGCAACCCCGAGUACAUCGUGGUCACACAGAGGCCCCUCGUAGAUGAAGAAGGAGGAGAGCACCUUCGGAAGCGGUCCAUGCACCUUCCCUUCACCUUUGCUACAGGAGAGGCGCUUCUAUACCAAAGUUCUCAUCCUCUCCCAGGCUUCCCUGACCUUUUCCAGAGCAAAGGGAAGCUCAGCAAGUCCAAGAAGCCCCCCUGCAGCCACGCAGGGCGCUCCCAGAGGAACGGCAUUGACCCCAGGUCUCUGCUGGGCGCUGUGAUGCAGCAGGACAAGGCGGUGUACACCUCCCACUCAGCUCCCAUUCCCAACCCUUCCUUCAGCAGCACUUUCCAGCUCAAGGGUGUGUCCUUGCCAGGUGCAGGAGGGGAUGCCUGGGGUAUGGGCACAGCUCCAGCUUCUUCAAGGGGCAACAGCCUCCAAGAGAAGCUGCUGGAUUUGCAGCAGGAGGACCCUCUCUUGGCCACCAUGGACUUGCUCUCAAUUAAGAGUGACCAGAGCUGUUCCAACGAGCUCUUCAGUGCUUUGGAGGGCCUGGGCUUGAAUGCUGAGGACCUGGGGCUCCUGCUGCUGGAUGAGAAAAUGGUGAUGGUCAGAACGGACCCAGACCAGUCACCAUCCCUGAAUAACAGCCUGGCCAGCAACCAGAUUCUUUCCCAUGUCCCCAGGCCUCCCGCGGAUGGGCAUGAGGGAGGGCAGCAGGUCUGUCCCCUGCCAGGCACGCCCCCCAGCCCGGCAGGACUGUGUGUGCCCUCUGCUGCGGGCUCCAGCUCAGCCUGGCGUUCCUGGCCUCAGCAGAGAUGGGAUCUCCCAGCCCCAGGACUGCCCGGGCCCCGGGCCUGGCCUGCCCCCACAGCAGUUUCACCUGGAUGGAUUGUGCAGCCUGGAUGCUGCCGGCCCUGGGGACUCCUGGCAAGAGAUGGCUCCAUACCCCAGGAUUUUUCCCCCUUUCUACCAGCUCGUUCCCGAGAAGCAGCUGAGCUCUGUUCUUUCCGUGCCCCAGCACUCUUCCCCCAGCUCAGCUGCAGGGCACUUUGGGAGCAUCAGCAGCCCUCUGGAGACGCUGAAUUCCUAUGGGACAUGGAGCCAGGAGGGCAGGCACAGGCCCCACAGCGGCUCUGGUUUGCCCAGCUCUGCCAUGGCACUGCCCCAGGACCAUCCAGUGCUGGGGGGAAGCCUGGCACUGCCCUGCCAGCCUCAGCGCCGGGCAGAAGUGCUGCCAGAUCCCCCUCACGCCUCCAGGACAGACUUCUAUCUCUAGGAGAGAUGGGAAUGGACAAAGCAGGAUUUUCCCUGGGGAAGGAGCUGCCUUCAAGCUGCAGAAGACAAACCUUCCCCACUGCUGGGCGCACCCUGAUGGUGCCAUUGAUGUGGGUUGCUUUGGCUCACCUGGGGGAUUUUUUCUCAGCUUCCCACCAUCCUGCUCGCUGUGCUGGUGUCCCUGGUGUGGGGAGGGACAGCAAGGCUGGAGAACAGAUUUCUCAGGGCGCUAGAGCAGGCUGAGCUGUGGUUGCAGGUCACCCCAUGGGUGCAACCAAAGCUUCACCAAAGCUUUGUAUUUCAAGUUGUGCAUGAUCCAGCAUGGAUACCAGACUCAUGAAAACCUUUCUGUGUCUUUCCUCAGGACAGGUUUUCAUGAGGCUGGUAUCCAUGCUGGAUCAUGUGUCUUUUCACCUCUGGUAUUAAAUUUCCUGCCGUCCCUGCUAGGUACCUGUGGCCGUGGCCACGUUGUACAGAUUUGUUGCCUGUUUUAUAAGGAAAAGGAGCCUCGUGUGGUGUUCUUGUGCUGCUCUGGUCCUUCCCCACCCCAGCUGUCCCUGUGUGCCAGGUGUUCCCAGUGUUUGGGAUCCAGGUUAGAGCUCCUGUGGCAAACACCCUGGGCUUUGCUGUACUGUACAAGACAUGCUGAGAUUGGCUGCUAAACUGAUUUUCUCUGGGUGCUGGCCUCAGGCACCCUCAGACUUCAAGUCUCAAAGUUUUCAGUUAAAAACCAAAAAUUUCAAUAAGGUAAAGAAAAUAAGUAUAAUGCUACUUAAUUGUAAGUACUGAGAAAGUGAUGUUUUCCCACAGAAAAAAAACAACCCCACAGCCCAUAUGUGUGUACAUAAUACAAGUUGACAGAUUUAUUUUUAUGCCACUCCAGUGGAAGGAACAAACAACCUCUUACCAUCCCAAAGCAGCCUCCUGUGGAAUGGGAUGAAAAGGUUGUUUAAAGACCAGAAACACGGUGACCCUUUAAGAAACCUGACGAAGCUCAUCCCUCCUCCUGCUCACCCACGCUUUGGAUUCGUGUGAAUUCCUCUUGGUUUUGUUUCAAUAAAUGGUUUUGGAGCUCCUC